AUGGCGUCAACUUUUCUCUCACCAUACUGCUUUCUCUUCUCUCUCCUCCUCCUCUUCUCGACUGCAUCACCAUCAAGGACAUCAUCUUUAACCGCCAACUUAUCACCAAAGACACAAGCUUUCAACGAUUCUUCUUCUUUGGCUUCUGAUGGGAACCGCUUUGAGCUCCCACUCUUCGGCAAUUCCGAGGCUUCCAUUCAGGACCUCGCUCGUAUUGCCACCGGGUAUUACCAGCUUCCGAAUUCCCAUGGUGCAAGGAUGUUCUACUACUUCAUCGAAUCACGGAACAAAGCAAGUGGUGACCCGGUGGUGCUAUGGUUAGCUGGAGGGCCUGGCUGUAGCGGUGCAAUGAACCUGUUCAAUGGGAAUGGCCCUUACUAUAUCACCGACAGCAUGACUCCUUCGCUGAAUAAAUAUGGUUGGGACAACGUGUCGAAUAUCAUCUUCAUCGACCAACCUAUUGGAACCGGUUUUAGUUACUAUACUAAUCCACUUGACAUUCGGCAUGGUGAGCCUGAUGUUAGCAAAGACUUGUAUGACUUCUUGAAGUGGUUCUUUAAAAGGUAUUAUCGACUUGCUCAGAAUGAUUUUUACAUAGCCGGAGAGUCGUACGCUGGGCACUACAUUCCCGCUUUAGCUACUCGUGUUCAACAAGGGAACAGGUUAAGGAAAGGAAUUCGCAUAAACCUGAAGGGGUUUGCAAUUGGCAAUGGCCUAACCAAUUCCGGGAUCCAGUAUGGAGCAUACACAGAGUAUGCUCUAAGGAAGAACUUAAUCAAGCGGAACGAUAAAAUUAGGAUUGACGCAAUGUUCCCAAGAUGCAAAGAAUUGGUUCGACAGUGUGAUGACUGGGGAUUUUUUUGUGAGCAUGCAUAUACCGUGUGUGAAAGUAUUUACGAUGAGAUCAAGAAUAUUAUCGGGAGCAGAUAUGAAUAUGAUAUUCGAAAGGAAUGUAGCAGCGAGUGCGGCAAGGAAUUCGUAAAAGUGGCGAUCUACCUGAACCAAACGGCAGUGAGAGAAUAUUUUAAAGUCGCGGAUAGACUGUUUGAGUCUUGUAACAAAGAAGUGUUUGAGGCGAUGCGUGCGGAUAUCAUGAAGAAUCUCGCAGUGGGUAUCCCCGCGCUUCUGGAGGACCGGCUGAAGGUGCUCAUUUAUGCCGGUGAAUAUGAUCUCCGCUGUAAUUAUAUUGGAAUCUUCGAGUGGGUUGAAGACAUGAAGUGGUAUGGUCAAGCCGACUUUAAAAAAUCUGAAAUUGUUCCAUUUGCCGUUGAUGGUUCCGUGGCAGGAUGGGAAAAAGCACAUGGACCACUUACUUUCUUGACGGUUAAUGAGGCUGGGCACUCUGUUCCGAUGGAUCAGCCGAAAGUGGCUCUACAAAUGAUACAGAGCUGGAUGGCAGCCAAUGUCACCAUGGCUGGCUCAGAUGACCGGCGUGCGACUCAUUGA